AUUGCUUAUGAUAAAAUGUGCAAAUUUUCACUUCAGUGCCUCUAUGUCACAUGGAGCAAGUCCUUCCAAAAUACUACUAAUAAUUAAAAUUUUAUUUUAUUUGUGUAGAUAUCAGGCAAAGAUUUGGAGAUCAUUACAAAGAAGAUAUUACAGAGAGCUGUGGAUGUGAUGAAGAAGGAGGACUUCCCAUUCAUUGGUGUUCUGUAUGCUGGGAUAAUGCUAACAUCGGCUGGACCAAAAGUUCUGGAAUUUAACUGUCGAUUUGGAGACCCAGAAACUCAAUCGAUCCUGCCUCUACUGGAGUCUGACCUGUAUGAAAUAUGUCAAGCCUGUGUGGAGGGAAAACUCACCCACAACCUCCCACAGUUUACCUCGGACCUGUAUACAGCGGGGGUGGUGCUAGCCAGCGGAGGAUACCCUGGGGUGUACAAGAAAGUGUUACCUAUCUCAG